CCGAUAAUACCCUCUUUAUAAACCUAACAAAAAGUUAUGUUGUUCUGAUAGCACAUGUCUUCAAGAUAAAGAGCCAAAACUGCUACAUAUCAGUGGCUUCACCACAUACUUGUGUCAGUAUGUGAGACAUGUUGAUUCCAAGAAAUAUUGUGAAACCUGCAACAGAUUUAUGAGCUGGUGUGGUGUUAUCAGCUAUAACUGUAUCGUGUUAGAGUAUAUAUUGUUUCCCAUUGAAGAUAAGUUUCAAGGAUUAGCGUCGUACAUCAGCUUCUAGGAUUGGCCCUUCAACAAAAUCUACCCCAUGAAGAUAGAGUUUUUUGACAACAGUAACACCAUCCUCCUCCGAAAUAGGAAGGUUCGCGGUCAUGUUCAUGACCAUGAUAGUCAAACUUCAAAGGGCUGCUGCAUACGUUGCUGUUUGCAGCUUUGUGACUGAAUUCCCCAUUUUUCUUUCUUCUUUCUCUUUCUGAACACUACAAAAAGCCAUAACGAUGGAGCCCAACUUUCCCGGAGUUGACCUGUUUGAUGAAGAGGAGAACAUAUCACACCUCUCAGAAUCACUUGGUUUUGCUAGAAUGGAUCCUCCACUUGAAGACAACGACUUCUCAGAAACCAUCAAGUUCAUAAGCCAGAUCCUCAUGGAAGAGAACGUUCAGCUACAGAAUCCAUUCUACGACUCACUCACCUUGCAGGUUACCGAGAAGUCCUUCUAUGAUACUCUAGUGGGUAACCUUUCCCCUAAUCAACACGCCCUUCUUCUCAGCCCCCAAGGUGAAACCACCGCCACUGAUAACAACAGUUUUUUAGAUGAAAUUUUCCCUUCCCCGGAUUCUGUUUCUGCUUCUGCUUCUACUUUUCAGUCUGUUAGUCAUGGAUUCUCAGAUUUAGAUUCUUCUAUUGCCAAACUCUUGGCACAGAAUAUGUUCAAUGAUGCUGAUUCUAUUUCCCAGUUCAGGAGAGGAUUAGAGGAAGCUACCAAGUUUCUUCCUUCUGGCCCUGAGCUUGUAACUGGUCUCCAUUUAAACGGUGAAGAACAAAUCGAAACGUUUGAAGUUAAUUCCAAGAGUAGAAAGAAUCACGAGCGUCAAGAGAGAGAUACCACAGAAGAAGAAGGGAGAAGUAGUAAGCAAUCGGCACUUAGCCUUGUUGAUGAGAGUGACAUUUCAGAUGCCAUAGAUCGGGUGUUUCUAAGUGUGGAAAACGUGGGCAGUGAACACGAUUCCUUGCAGAGUGGAGCAGUGAAAGGUGAGGAGCGACAUGGAGGAAAGUGCCGAUCAAAGAAAAAAGGGACGAAGAAGGAAACUGUGGAUUUGAGGAAUCUUCUGCUGAUGUGUGCACAAUCUGUGUAUGCCAAUGACAAUAGAGCUGCCACCGAAUUACUAAAGCAAAUUCGGCAACACUCUUCGCCCUUUGGUGAUGCAUCACAGAGGGUAGCUCACUACUUCGCCAAUGGUCUUGAUGCACGCUUGGUUGGGGCUGGUUCUUGCGGUCAUGAACUAUUUUCUUUUCGGAACUCUCAGAGGAUUACUGCUGCAGAGUACCUGAAGGCAUAUCAAGUGUUUCUAUCUUCCACCCCUUUCAAGAAGUUUACAUAUUUCUUUGCAAACAAAAUGAUUACGGAAGCAGCUGCAAAAUCAGAAACUCUCCAUAUUAUUGAUUUUGGCAUCCUAUAUGGUUUCCAGUGGCCAAUUCUUAUAAAGUUUUUAUCAGAUAGAGAGGGUGGUCCUCCCAAGUUGAGGAUCACAGGGAUAGAGUUUCCCCAACCAGGUUUUCGUCCCUCUGAAAGGAUUGAGGAGACGGGUCACCGUCUUGCUAACUAUUGUAAGCGUUACAAGGUUCCCUUUGAAUACCAUGCCAUAGCAUCAAGGAACUGGGAAACUAUUCAGGUGGAAGCCCUUAAAAUUGAGAGCAAUGAGAUAGUUGCUGUCAACUGUCACAUGAGGUUUGAACAUUUACUGGAUGAGAGUACUGUUGAAGUGAACAGUCCUAGAAAUGCAGUUCUUCAUUUGAUCAGGAAGAUAAAUCCGGAUAUCUUUACUCAGAUCAUUAUUAAUGGAUCAUACAGUUCCCCUUUCUUUACCACACGGUUUAAGGAGGCACUGUUCCAUUUUUCUGCGGUUUAUGAUCUGUUUGACACUGUCAUACCUCGUGAAAACGAUUGGAGGUUGACGAUUGAGAGAGAGCUUUUGGGUCGGGAGGCUAUGAAUGUCAUUGCAUGUGAAGGUUCUGACAGGGUUCAUAGACCUGAGACAUACAAACAAUGGCAAGUUAGGAAUACAAGGGCUGGUUUCAAGCAGCUCUCAUUGAAGGAGGAAUUGAUGGCCAAACUUAGGACUAAGUUAAAGGAAUAUCACAGGGAUUUUGUCUUCAAUGAAGAUAACAAUUGGAUGAUUCAAGGUUGGAAGGGCCGAAUUUUUAAUGCUUCCACUUGUUGGGUGCCCACAUAAUGAGAUGCCACUGCACUUCUGCACUUGGUUUAGAACUCAGACUAGACAAUGUUGAAGCUUGACUUAGUAUCUGCUAACACAUCAUGGUUAUUUGAAAUAUUUAAGCAAAGGCAUGGUUCAAUGUUGAAGCUUAUUUUGCUCGUUAAAUAAAAAAUUGCUGUGAUGAAGAUCGCACCAAGCUUUGCACAAGUUACUUGGUAAAUUCAUGUCACCAAUUUACUGGUAUAAUUGAGACUAGUGAAUGUAAUGCUAAUUCUAUAAUGAUAAGGAAGGAAUAAUAGAGUAGGAUAUGCGCUUGCCUAUUUCCCAUGUUUACUUGAAUACUUACAAUUAUUAUGUUGAGGUAUUUCACAUCCUUAUUAAUAAUUAUGUAAAAUGUUUUUGCAGGAAAAAUUGUCCCUUGAGCUAACCUUGCUCUAAAAAUGCUUCAUAUUUUGUUCCACCGAUCAAAGAGUUUAGUAUUUAGUACAUAUUGUUGUUACAUAAAUGGUAAAGAAAAGAAUACGAGUGCUGAUAAAUGCUAGCUAAGUUUGAACUUCUAACAAUGGUUAACAAGAUAGAACAUAUUUGGAUCUUAAAAGCCAAUGGCUGAUUCUUAGAAACCUACCUUUUUGUCUAGUUAUAAGUCCUGAACCUGGUUCAAUAACAUCUCUUUAUGCCAGCACCCAACAAGUGGAAGUAACAAAAUCUGUGGUACCAUUUCCUUAACUUAGUCUUAAAUUUGGCCAUUAAUUCCGCAUUCUAUAUGAUCCAUUAGUGAUGGAGUGCUAAUAAUAUCCGGUUACUGUAAUUUCAGAGUUGUAAAGUGAACAUAUUUUCAUAACCUAUUGGUUCCUUUGAGCC